AUGAGUAAAGUCGAAAUAGCUGUUCUAUUUCUACGGACAAUCGAAUGGAGCAGUAGACAUUAUUCGGGCCACCUUCGAGCAGACUUCCCUCGGCGCCAAACGUGGAUUUAUCAUAGUUUUCACCUUUUGUGUGUAAUGAAACUUGUGCGACACUUUGGCUCUUUUUCGUCCUUGAACGAAUAUGUCCUGGUUGAGCAGGAGAAUAUCCGAUUUCUUCCAGUGUCCAAUAGUUGCAACGUGCUCGGCAUUUCCCAUAUUGAGUGUCAAGCAAAGGAGAAAUAUCAAACCAAUAAUAAAUUUCCCCAGAGACUUUUGAAAUAUCAUUUUAUAACUUUAAAAACUUAUAAAGAAAUUUCAGAAAUUUAAAUUAAAAUUUUUAGAGCCAAACGUUUUGCUUAGUUAAUUCCAGUUUAGUUUUCACUAAUCGACAAGCUGAAGCGUGGAUAAUUUUAUUUAACGCAUAAAAACAAUAUUAUUCAAUUACACUGUAUACACAAAUUGGGUAUGUGUUAGACGAGCUCUACUUGAUUUUUACCACUCAUCUUUAUCUGGCUUUUGCAGGCCUUUUGUCAGCUUUUCAGCAUCGCAGUUCCGCCCCCUUUUCUUCAUUACAUUUCAACCCUCUUGGCUGCUGUCACUGCCAUUGAACCGCAUUUGUUUAAAAGAUUGAUGACCAACAAUUGACUGCAGGCCCGCAUCCUUCCGCCCUCCGUUUUUUUUGUAUCUUUUUUUUUUUUUUUUUGCCUGCUCCUGACAUAAUGUGCUCGAUAUUUAUGAGCCGCAGAUCCGGAGAGACACUUCAAGUUUCCCGUAAUCGAAGAAGAGCAAUGAGCACGGCCAUGACCUGUAAAACGUGCGGAAUGAUUUCAUUAAUUUAAUGUACAACAAUGUGACUUGUCACUUGUCAACUUUUUGGUCGGAACCUGGCCGAGGGGGUAAAUCAGUUCAUAUUAGUCUAAUGCCCCGAGGGGGGGAUAAAACUCACUUAGUGCCGAGAAAAGUUUGCCGACAACAUGUCAUUGAUUUCAUACACGCUGCAUGCCCAGGACUGAGGACUUAGGGACUCAGAGCUCAGAGCUCAGGACUCAGAACUCAGGACACAAAAAGGACAGGACAAGGAUCUUAAAAAGUGCCGCAUGCAGGCAACGAUGCAUCAUCAUGGUUGUCAGCCACAUUUACUCGACAUUUAACUUAUGCCAAGUGCAGAUGCGAUGAAGACGACGGACACGAGCAGGAAAACUGGAAGCCAGGAUGUGAAAGGAUGUAAUUCUCUAACAGAAAGUCUGAGGUUCUGAGCAUAAUGAAUUGCGACCAACUAGUUAGUUAUACUUAUAGUUAGGUUGAAAAAGUAGCGUUUACUAUUUAAGGAAAUCAUAGAAUGAAUUUCAUAGAAUGAAUCAUAGAAUGAGCCACCAUUUCCCAAAUGAAUCAUCUGCGGAUUAAAGAUACUUACUUCCUGCCAAACGCAUUUCCCGAGCAAAUAAGCCAUUCCGGAAGAACAAAUUAAGGAUGCGCAAUCGACACCCUAAAUAACUCAGUCAGCUACUUUAUCACCCAGAGAGAUAUUGCCAUCCCCAACUGGCGAAAAUUGGAAAGACCCCGCGUGCCAAACUAAUGACAGACCGACCAACCGAACACCCUACCAAUGGCCAUACAAACGAUAUUACGACAGACUUUUACGGCACUUUUCAUUAGCAGCCACACUUGCCGUUGUCGCGGGUAGCCAGAAACUUUCUUUUGUAUCCGGAAAAUGUCUUGGAUCUGGUCGCAGUGUCUUAUUUUCCACACACCAUACACACACACACACACACACACACCCCUAGUGGGAGUUAUUAACCCUUAACCACACGUUACCAUUUAUAACCCGAACAAAGUGAACCGAGCGCGUUAAGCUGACAAUGGCAACAAAUUUUUUCUUCGUUUUUGUCGUCUAUUGUGCCCGGAAUCUGGUGGCAGCCACCAUUCAAUUGUGGUGCUACUUUUUCCUCUUUGUCUGCGGUUUAUGGCCUUUAAUUCGUUCUGAGCCUCGAUUCUUAAGGGUGCCCAAGUGGAUUUCGCACUGACAAUACCGGAUAUUGUGUGCUAAUUGCCAGCAGAAAAAUUCGACAUUUUGCGAGCGAACAUUUCGUUUGCAUUUAAAUGGGGCAUACAAUAAAUCAUUUCGGAUUUGUAUUCAUUAAAAAUAC